AUGGGAAAUAGAUCGGGGAGAACUCUGUUUUGGCUCAUAUACUUGUGGAUUUUGUCCGGUGAGUGAGAUCCGAUUUUGAGUACUGUACACGACGUUGUAGGAAUCGCGAAAAAUGUUUGUUUGAUUUUGUGCGUUCGUCAAUUUACAAUGCAAUUACGGUAGCAUGAAUAUUUCAGCACCUUUUCCCUAAAAUACUGCAUUGCUGUUUCGGAAAGUCGGUCUUCCGUCCUUGAGCGUGUGUUUAGCUGAAAGGAUUUAGAGCAUAGUGGUGUUACAAGAAGUAAUAUUGCUUUGUUUAUCGCGUCGCAAAAUCGCGAUCAAUUCUCUUUGCACCACCAACAACGGCAGACAUCUGCUUUUCCGAUCAAUGUCCAUACUGAUCAAAUCGCCUUCCAUUUUUUUGAUUUCCAGGUAGCUUACUAUCUGGAUUCCGGCACAAAAGGUUGGUCGAUUCUCCUAGGUAAGUUCUUCGGAGUGCAAAGCGUUGUUUUGUUUUUAUAUUAGCUGUGUGUUUGCUUGUUUAAUGUAAGAAAUAAUUAGACUUGACAUGGGAUGUGGGUUCCAUGCAAAUUUUCGCUUUGUGUAAAACAAGAUUUGGCGACAAAAGUACGUUGAGCACGCUUUCGAAAAGGCGAGCAGAUGCUGUCGGUAAUCGUGCCAAUUGUAUUCUUCCAUUGAAAUGUCUAUAGUGAAUGAAACUUUUAUUAAUUUGCUUCCCUUUGGUCGGGUUCUUGCGAUCGCAUUUCUUUCUCUCGUGCGGCGAAAAGCGGCAAAGCUUUUGAAAACUAAUAGCGUCUAAAAAAAUUCGCUUGAGACCAGCUGCGAACAUCCAAUGAUUGAAAAAUCUCAGACGGUAUGCUUGAAAUUUUAGAUAACUUAAAAGCGAAGUGAUAUUUUCCAUUCGCAGAGCGAAGGAAGGCAACGCUCUCCGAUGCAAUGUUCUCACAUUUGUUCAUUUCGCAUUGUUGUAAUUGACAGACAGAAUUUGUAUUCUUCAUUUUCCUAUAAUCGCCAAAGGAUAAUCCGCCGAAUACACAUUUUCCAUUUGGCUUUGACCUCGGUAAAUUAGAGGGUCAGAAAGAGACUAAAAUGAGUAUUUCACUUGAAUAGACAUUGAUCAGUCGUUGUGUGUUUAAAAUAUUGAGCCUUAGCGGCUGGUACGCAUUGUUUGAUUCUAGCCCUGAUUCAUUGAAUAGUUUGUUUUAGAAUGUGCCGCACGGAAGACCUCAUUGUUCUUAUUUGAAGUGUAAAUGUGAAGAACAAAGACAAAAAUUAACGUAUAAGUCGUUCCGUAGAAGAAAUUUGCAUGUGUUAGUUUCUUCUCCAUAAACUUGUUUACAUUAUCGUCGAUUUGUAGUUCGCGUUCUAGAAAUUUGUGUCGGAAACCCAGGCUUUCGAUUUAGCUCAAGUGGAUUCUGCCUUUUCAAGGCGAUAUUAGCGGUUUUGGGAAGGAAGUAAGAACGAUGGACGUGUUUUGAAUCGCUCCAUAAAAAGCACAAUAUAACGAACGUCUGUGAUAGUCUUCUAGUACAUCGUUUGACCCGUGUUAGAUUUGCGACCGCGUUCUUCCUGUCAAUUAAAAUGCAAUGAAAGAAUCAUAAAUGAAUUCUCGUGACACUGAUAAAUUUCCCUUUGGACUUGGAUCAACCAAAUCCUGCUCCCUGCUGUUUCAGUAUCAGUUGGGUUUUAUUUUGAUCUUCGCGCUUGUUUUCAAUAUUCACGGAAUGCAAGUGCUCUAUUUUAUUGUAGUCUUGAAUCACGAUAUUGGAAAUAUGUAUGUCUCAGGGAGCGCACUUGUAGCGAUCUUUUUAGUCAAAAAAUUGAUUUUUCAGAACGAACUGGACUAUAUUAUGUUGUUCUUUCUCUUGCAUAAGGUGGCUGUAUUGUUUUGUCUGAGAAUCAAUCCUAAUACGUCAGCAUUUAUGUGAAAGGUAUUGGUCCGUUUCCUGGUGAGCUUUUUCCAAAGCCUCAUGCAGUGUUUUUAUCCUUUUCGGCACGAAAACGGUAUUUAGCGGGAAAAACUCCUUCCUUGCGACCAUUUAGUAUGGUUAUCAAGAUAGUCCUUCAGAAGUUGCUUUUUCAUUUUUGAAAGCUUGCAAAUUCUCUCUUUUUUUCUAAUAAAGAAAGGGAAACUUUCAGGGCCAAUAUGAGGGUUAUGUAACAGAAGAUGAAAAGGCCCAGUUUAGACUGACUGCCGCAAUUUUGCUAACAGUUUACCAUGAUUGCUCACAGAGACACCAAUAAACAUUUUAUGGCCUUUGGUAAAACAAUUCAGGAGAUGGAUACUCUAUGUAGCAGCUUACAAUUUCAUGAUGAUUAACAGUGCAACCAUUACAAAACUGAUAGAGAAUGUUUGGGUUAAAUAAAUUAUGAGCAAAUAAUACUGAAUUUUGUACUCUGAAAACCUCUAGCAAAUUAGGAGCAUGACCAGUAAAUCUUGUUAGUGACCUUUUGGAAAUUCUGUUUUACCUUCUUUAAGUGCUACUAUGUGUGUUCACAAUAAAUUUGCCUGAAAAAAAUUACUAAAUGUGUAAAGUGCAUCAUUGCGAAGCUUACUUACUCUUGUAUGUUAUAUAAAAUUCUACCUUCUAUAACUCGAACUCCCGAUAACUCAAACUUUUUUCUAUUUCCCUUGAAUGUUCGAAUUAUCAGGAGUCGACGACUGUACCAAUUCACAUACUAUACCCAUUAACCCUUUCAGUGCCAAGUGUUGCAAUGGGCAAAAUAAUUCAACAAAAAUUCCCAAAUUUUGUUUUGUAAAAUUUUGGAAACAAAUAGCACCAUUUGAAAGCACAGGCAGAGAGGUUUCAUUUGAAUGGUCACAACAUAGGAUUUUGUCCAUGGACUCAAAGUUAAUAUUCCCUUAAGGGACUCCAACAUUCACUCUGGUAGUGAAAGGGUUAAGUUGAAAUCUUAUUGACCGCCAGCUGGUUUUAUGGUAGGGAAGGGAGGCAUGGUGGCUAAUUUCUUUAUAAAAUAGUUUUUUUUUUUUUUUUUUUUAGAAAAAUAAUUUUUUUAAUUUUUUAUAAUAAAAUAGUUGGCCACUUCCUUUAAAUCAAAUAUUUCAGUUACGUUUCUUUGUUUCUUCCAGCUCUAAUCACACCAAGACUUGCCCAGAUUGCAACGGUAUGUAGAUUACUGUAUAUAUUCUUUUUUGUUUUGUUGUCUUUCCUUCCUUGUAAUAUUGUUUGUUUGCUAUUUUUCGAUAACUGAACCCUGGCUAUGUGGUCUUGCUACUAGCUAGGAGGCAAAAAGUGUAUGCCCGUACCACUCCACACAAAAAUAUUUCUGGAAUGUAUUGUGUUGCAAGAGGGAAAAGUCAGUCACAUGAGAUAGCUAAAUGUGAUUAGUUUGUGGCUUGGUGGCUUGUUCACAUGUUCCAAUCUUUGUUGGGAUUUACAUAACAAUAAACAUUCCUGAAAUAUUUCAGGUUUUUCUGACAGUAAGAAGAAUUAUUAUGGUUUGCAUUUUUAGAACUUGCAGGAAGACUUCACGUGAUUUGUAUGUCAUUUUUUUUAAAAAAGACAAAAACAAAUCUGUUUUCCAGUCUGUAGAUAAAGUCCUAUGAUUUUUCUGUUUAUCUGGAGCCUCUUUGACAGUGCUUUUGUUUGGCAGUCAGUAUAAUUUGUGGAAUUCUUAAAUUUAAAUAAGUAAAUUUUGACCUUUUGGCCACAUAUUUGAGACAACUUAAGACUUGGCAAAAAAAUAUUUUCAUUGUUGUGGAAAUUUGACAACAUACUAUAAGUUGAAACUACAUCAGAUUACACUGGGUCUGCCAUUACAGUAUUAAUUUUGUUGUGACAUUUUGAGCACUUGCUCAAAGCUGAAACUACAUUUAGAUUACACAUUGCCUGCCAAUACAGUGUCAAUUUUUUGUAGUGAAAGCAUAUUAUAAUCAGGGAUCCACAUUCAUUAAUUUUUUUCUCAGAGUUGUCAGCCGGGCAAGUAUUAUUAACCUGAUGGCAUACUAGGCCGGUUACAAUUUGGGUUGCCCAGACAAAAGUGCAGAAUUAUAUAAAAGAAUGGUGAAAAAAUUGUGUGCAAAUUGAACAUUUUUGAUUAGCAUUUUGUUUCCAUUAUAGUUACUAAGAAGGGUUAACUGUUAAGUGCAACAGGCUACAGGCCUAGGCUAAACACAGUCUAUUUAUGUUUUACAAGUAGCCAUCACAAUGGCACCCAAACUUACAAUUUCCUUGCAGACAAAAGCUGCUUGUUAUUCACCAUUAUUCUAAAAGUUUUAAGUGGAUGAGAAGAAAUCAGAACACAGGGAAAAUGUAUAUAUGAUAUUGGAGUUUUUGAAAAGAUUCUGUGGUUCAGCAAAACCUCACUUGUCCGAAGGGUGACUUUUGAAGUUAUCUUAAUUGUCUGUACAAGAUUGUAGUUGCCUGGGACGACUGGGAAUAUGGAUCCCUGUAUAAUGGUACUCUUUAUCUUAACAGCACCAGUGUUUGGCUCACAGCUCUCCAAUCAAACUGUGGUGGAGGGUGGCAGGGCAGUGUUUAGGUGUUAUGUGAGUGGCAAGCCUGAACCAAAUGUAACGUGGUACAGGAAUGGAAAGCCAAUCAGAAAUAGAAGUGGAUCAUUUACUAUUGUGUCAAAGUAAGUGAUUUCUCCACUUCUUGAUCUCUUUACAUUUCCUGUGCAAGGCUAUGCUCUAAGCAAAAUUGAAGGGAGCCCAGUGCUCUAGUCAAGACCCUUUUAACUUGCCAGCCCUUCAAAUUUACGUUUCUGCUCAGUUGCCAUUUGGCAACCAACUAUUUCGGUCUAGGGAGACUUUUUCACAGAUCAAGUAAUGCCAGCUCUGAAAAAUUUCACACUCCAUGGCAACCAAAAUGGUCACAACUUGGAGGUUUACUUGCUGAUCUUUUUCUUUAUUUUUGUGACCUUUAUCUUUGAUUGAACUCAUCGGCAGUAGGUGAGGUUGGAUGUAGGUGCCCUUUAAGGGUGGUGGUGCCAAGUGCGUAAGAGACACAAGCCAUUGUAUCCAUGGCAACCAGUGAGCGGCGACAAAACAGAUUGCUGGAAAUAAAACAUAGACUGUACACACCUACCUGAAAAUGAAGGAGGGCUGGGAAUAAAUCAGCAGAUAGUGGCUUAGAUGCGAAACAUGCUUAAUUGCUCAAUGAAUUUCAGCAAUUUGAUCACUGUGGAAAAUACUUCAAGCCCUUCAACUUACCUGGGCUCCCCAGCAGACAUUGAGCUGCUACAAAGAUAUUGAAACCACUAGCUGUAGCAUUUUGGAGUUUAACUUGGUAUAAGUUACAUUUCCUACAUUCAAGGAGUGAUAUUUUGUGUUGGCAUUGUAUGCUCAACAAAUUAUAUUUUUUAUUUGGCAUUGUAGGAGCUGGGGUGUAAAACUGAGGAUUCGUCCUGUGAAACUAAGUGAUGAGGGAGCAUACAGUUGUGUAGCAAAUAAUUCAGAAGGGACAGUGAGCAAGCAGGUUUUCUUGACCGUAACUGGUAUGAUUGUAUUCUUUAAUAGAGACCCUAUGCAAUCACAAUUACUGCCUGCCCUCUCAUGGGAAAACGUCUCUUCUGAAAAAUGUCCUUAGGGGCUUGGAGCGAAGAGAGAUUAUGGUAUUUGCAGGCUAGUCCCUCCUCCCUCCCCCCUUCCUGCUUAUCCUCUGAGAUGAACUAGUAAUAAUUGAAGGUUAGGGAGUGAAGGCAAGAUCAAUGGCAGGUCAAAACGCUCUUGUUUCAACACAGUGCUUUGCAUAAGUUUCACGUGUUAGGAGGACAGUACACAGGUCAUCGGAUUACCAAUGAUAGAGGGUGCAAGCAAGCUUAAAAAAAUAAUCACGCUUUGUGGAAGGCCAAGUCCAGGACUGACAAUUAAAUUCCAUGACUUUUCAGGCCUGGAAAAUAAUAUUGUAAAAUUUCAUGACUUUUUACAGGUUUUCCAUGACAUGUACAGGAGCACACAUGCCAAUAGCAACCUGGCCGCAGUCGUUCAAAAGCUGGAUAACGCUAUUCAGGGGAGAAAUCACUAUCUAGUGGACAGCGCAAUUGGUUCUCCUAAUACUUAUCCACUGGUUAGUGACUUGUCCGAUGGAUAGCGUUGAACAACUGGGGCCUGGAGAUUAGGAUUGCGGGCUCCUCUGGUCACCUACAACAAUGUGAUUGUUUUAAUCGCACUAACAUACUUCCAUUGUUUUUGGUUCUAGAUGCAACUUCUCCUCCUCUUACGCCACAUUCAAGUUCGACUACUAUGACACCAUUUACUGAUCAAGGUACAUGGAAAUGUCUUCCUUUAUUUUGCUAUUCAGCCUGCAAAGAAAGUAGUGUCCGAUAGCCCGGGGCUAUUGGAUUUUGCUAUUGGGCUAGUGAAUUCUGUUCUUAACUUGCCUGAUUGGGCAAGUGAAGUAUUUUGAGGAAUUCAGUUGACAGAAGAGCUGUGAAAUCAAUCUGCUCAUCAAAAAAUUUUGAGCGCUAGUUGAAAUGAUGUUUGUGCUAGUGAAAUGCUAGCUUUAGCUUGCCCGAAUGACAAGCUGUAACAAUGACUUUCUUUGUACCCUGCUAUUCUAAUAUUUUGUGAUAAAUUAUUAUAAAAUAUGAAACAAGCAAAUAAAGGUAAAUUAAAUGAAAGCCAGUGAUUAAUACUGAACAGAUAAGACCGAGGAAAAAAAUAAUAACAUGUUAAGAAAACAAACAAACCAUUGAACAGCAACGACAACAAAAAACAACAAGCUUAUCAAGACCUGGUGUGCUUUUGGAGAAAUUAAUAGGCAUCAAGGCUCACUUAAAACCAAAAUGUUGAUCCUGUGUUACUUGGAUAGGGCAGUGGUAGCAAUAUAUUAUAAGCUGCAAUAUAUUUGAUUUACAUUGAAACCAUAGACCCAGUAAGAUUUAGGGGAAUUUGGGGCUGACACUAAUUCUGUCAGUUAACGGUUUUCCCCUCAUUUCAGAACUGUUGCCUGAUAAUUCGAAACAGUCCAAUCCUCCAGACAGUAAACCUAAGCAUGGACAGUUGGAAGAAUCGACACACAGCGAUCUGUAAGUUGGCUCUAAAUAUCAGGGCUGUUACUAAGGGCCCAGGGCUGGAGACUUUCCCCUGGCUUCUGUGAGCAUUUCCCUUGGCUACUUUCAUUGGAAACAACAGGAAAGUAGAACCAAAAGAAAUUCCAACAACGAACCAGUGAGAAAUUUGGGAAACACAUGUAGCCAGUGUUGCUCGCAAGUGACUUUCAAUUCUUUGUUUUACUUUGACUUUACCUGAGAAGCCGCCUCUUGUAUAGUCUGCUACACGGACGUUUUUAGUGCCGUCACGCAACGCUCCUCCCUACAAACAUGGAGCGUUGCAUGACAACACUAAAAACGGCUGUGUAGCAGACUUCCUCCAGUAAGGGAAUCCAAAAAGGUGUCGGAUUCUGGAUUCCGGGCCGUAGAUUCCGGAUUCAUGGUACCGGAUUCUGGAUUCUUUUUCAGUGGAACUUGGAUUCGGGAUUCCAAUCGUUUGCAGGAUUCCACAUUCCAGAAGGAAAAAUUUUUGGAAUCCAGAUUACCUUUCAUGGGGCGAGAGAAGCUGUUUUUUGCCGAAUGAAUGAGUUGCAUAACCUUUCUAUUAACUUUUAAAAUUUCGUUUUUUCUUUGUCUCCAGGGAUAUUCCAACACCUCCGUCGCUACCAGAGACUGGAAGCUGUGUCCCAUACAAUGGCUCUGUAUGUUACAACCUUCUAAAAGGGCGCUCUAUCUAUGUAAGAAGUUUUGAGAGACUGGAAAAUAUAGAGAAAAAAGUCAGCAAUGCUUAUGCAAAUAUACGGGAAUUUAAGAAAAUCAGCGAAAGAUGUCGUCCUUUUGUCAGGCCGCUCCUAUGUCAUUACCAGUUCCCAAGCUGCGACUCCUCAUCGUCUGUUCCGAAGCCAAGGCAGAUAUGUUAUGAGGAGUGCGAAAUUCUUCGUACAAGUAUCUGCCCAGAGGAGUAUCUUAUUUCAAAAAGCUUUACGCUGCAGCAGGUUCUGUUUCCAGAGUGUUCCUCGUUACCUCGCGCGGAUACGGCGGAAGGCAAGAAUUGUAUAAAAUUGAAUGUGAAUAAAACCAAGACUACGAAGAGCCCGAAGAACCCGAAGAGUCCAAAGAGCCCGAAGCCUCCAAAACCUGAAAAACCAGCUCUCGAAAAAGGCGCAGUUAAGAGAGAAAAAGGUAAGUGCCGCUCUUGAAAAUUCUCUUAUUUUUCAUGUUCUUGUUUGUUAAAUCCCUUAAAGCGAAUACCCGCAUGGGGAGCACAUUGGCGAGUUUCAGCGUCCUCGCGCGUUUAACCCUUUAAGCCCUAAGAGUGAUCAUCAUCAAAUUUCCCCUUGUAAUAUCAAUGCUUUGUGAAACAGAGUGGUCAUGAGAAUUACGGACAUGAUCACAGACGAUGAAUUUGCUUGAAAUGUUAUCAACUUCUCCCCAGUACUUCCUUAGGAAAUGAAUAGGGGCAACAAAUGAGAAUUCCAAUUUUGAUCUUAGUGUUUAAAGGGUUAACUCGCUAACUUGCUCUCGAAAAAGGUUAGUGGCCCGUGUUAUCGUGGCUUUAGGGACAUUGGCGAUCUGCGCACUCUAUACAUCCUUCCACUGAGAACGUAAAAGAAUAGGCCAAUAUUAUUUCAACUUUUUUGAUCCGUUUGGCUGAACCACAAACUGACUUGACAAUGCAAAACAAUGUCAUGGAUCAUUUUGUAAGUGAUUGCAUUGCCGCUUUUGAAAUUUUUUUAGACUUCGCGCGAAGCUAUUUGAACGAGCGCAGGUUUAUUUAGUUUGUCGCGCUGAAGACAUCACACAUCGCUCUGUUGCUGUAAGCCGGCAUAGCAAGCGCAGGCCAUUUGCUUUUAGUCUUUUGUUGAUAAAUCACGUGUUAAUGGCGUUGGUUCUGAGAGACAGUUAACAUCGAAAUCCAGACAGUGCGGCAACCCGCGAUCAGGCUUUCUUUUUUCAGGGAUAGCGCGAAAAACAAAAAGGGAAGAAGAACUGCCUGAUCGCAGUUUAACCCUUUAAGCCCUAAGAGGAGUCAGUAUCAAAUUUCUCCUUGUAAUAUCACUGUUUUGUAAAACAGAGUGGUCAUGAGAAGUACGGACAUGAUCACACAAGAUGAAUUUGCUUGAUAUUUUAUCAACUUCUCCCCACUACUUCUGUAGAAAAUGAAUAGGGGCAAAAAAUGAGAAUUCCAAUUUUGAUCUUAGGGUUUAAAGGGUUAACAAUGCGGCGGACACUUCGUCAUGUUCCUUUAGACUCCAUAUUAACUGGAUUCAAGUAUAUGGCAGUUUCUGUAGUCGUGCUGAUGUCCUUUUCACUUAAUCCUUAGCUUUACCAGUGACUGGAUGUUACACUGGGACAGGAAAGAACUUCAAUGCAAGCGUGAGCGUUACUGAGAAGGGCCUUGUAUGUCAGGCAUGGAACUCGACCACACCUCAUUUCCACAUUCUGUCGCCUAAGGAUCAUCCUGAAAUUGGCGGUGGACAUAAUUAUUGCAGGAAUCCGGGUGGACAGAAAGUAAAACCCUGGUGUUUUACAACGGACGAGAACACGGAGUUCGACUACUGUAAUAUUCCACGUUGUGGUAAGCUAAAUCUGUCCGUCCCCUUUUUCAAAAGGUCUUGAUGUCGUUUCACUACAUUACAGGCAAAGAAGCGCUUUGCCUUCUUGUACUAAUAGCAACGAAAGUGGAUCGAGCCGAACUACUGCUUAAAAAAAAAAACACGCCGGUCAUAAUAAAGUUGUCCUAAGAAAUCUGUACAAGGAUAUUUCGCGACCUGGAAGCACUGAAAUGAACGACGUUCAAGUGAUUUUUUUCAGUUAUAAAACCAGGAAGACAUAAGUCGUACUUGAUUGAAGUAGCCAAUGACUAACAGCGCGCUGCGAGGUAAAAACUCUUGCUACUUACCUAUUAAGCAAUAAAAAUCUUUUUUGUAACUCCACAGAGGAGACGCCGCCAGUUGAAGUUGUGAGCAUUCUUUACAUGGUCAUUCCAUGCCUGGUGUUUGGUAUUGUGUUUUCUCUGGUGGUGAUUUUCAUCUGCUGGAGAUGUCAUAAACAGAUCAUAUAUCAGGCCGGGGAAGCGGCUGCUACUCCUCUUGUUCCUGUUAUUGGCAAACCUUUGGUGAGUUUUCUUGGAAUUUUUCGCGCUUGGCCCCAGUCGUUUACCGCGAAUGGCUUUAGUUGCUUCCAAAGAGGCUUAGCCAUAAAAAUCCGGAAAAAUGGCGUAAAAAGUCCUUCCUGGAUUUCUUAAAAAUAUUUCCGGUUUCAUUUCCAGAAAUCCCACAAAAACUCCUAAAAAUCAGUCUAAAAAUCCUGUAAUAUUGAAAAGACUGGUUAACCUGUGGUGAGCCACAGGUUACGAGGCCGCCAUCUUGAACUGACAGAGAUGUCAGGAAUGAAGGUAAAACUGCCCUGCAAACAAAGCCCUCAAGAUCCUUUUGAUGUUUCAAGCGUUUCACCCGUUGUAACAAACAAACAUAAAACCUUGAAAAUGCCCACCCAAAUCCCUCCAAAUCUCAAGAACUGAAUUCGGAAGAAAAUUGGAAAGCCUUCUUGGCCGCGACUGGCUGUAUUUCUUUCCCGCGCUCGGUUAUAGUUGCUUUUCGCGCUUCGCGGUGGUCGUAUUUACGUUAUGGUUGCAUGCUUUUGCCUUGAGUUGUUAUUUGUUUUUAGUGAUUUUCAGUUAAUUUUGGCUCCAUCCCACAUGACGAAUACCCGAUUAAGGCUUUUUGGUUUUUCUUUCCAGAUCAAAGAGAUGCGACGUGAGACGGUCAGAUUCCUAAAGGAUUUGGGAGAAGGAGAAUUUGGCAAACUCUACCGAGGGGAAGUAGUGGAAAAAGGUGAUGGUGGACAAACAACUCGACCCAUUCUCGCCAAAAUUCUUCGCAAUAGCUCGUCCUCAAAUAACCGUGAGAGCUUCCUGCGUCAGGCGGAGACUUGGUCCAAGUUUAGCCACCCAAAUGUCAUCAGUAUUAUCGGAGUUUGUUAUAAUGGGCCUCCGACGUGUAUACUUUACGAGUGCGUGGAAUACGGCUCGUUGUAUGAUUAUCUUGUCGAUAACUCUCCUUUAGAGAGCCCCGAUGAGGACGACGAUGAUCCAGAAACUUUGAGCUACUACGAGCAGUUAUCGAUUGCUAUUCAAGUAGCUGCGGGAAUGAACUACAUCUCGCAGCACAAUUACAUUCACGGAGACUUGGCAGCUCGCAACUGUAUGGUCGGGCCUCGUAUGACCGUGAAAAUAACGGACGUGGCGUUAUCGCGUAAUCCUUUUUCAAGCGACUAUUAUCGUUCUGCUAAUAGACCCCCUAUGCCCCUCCGUUGGAUGGCACCGGAGGGGGUGCUAAAUUAUAGGUUCACAGUAGAGACUGAUAUAUGGUCCUUCGGAGUGGUGCUAUGGGAGAUAUUUUCAUUUGGUACCAAGCCCCAUUUUGGGUUCACGGACGACGAAGUUAUGGAACGUAUCCGAGAACAUGUGUUGCUUCCUUGCCCGAGCGACUGUCCGAACAGUGUCUUCGUUUUAAUGACGGAAUGCUGGGAUAUUUUGCCGCCUAGUAGGCCACGUUUUAGUACAAUUUAUACACAUCUCUGCGCGCUGAGGUGGGAUACAAACGGCCCACCCGCACCCAUCGAAAGUAACGAGAGAGACUGCAUUCAUGUUGAAGUAUAAGUUCCAGUCUGUCACGGAUUUAUCAGUUCAGUUAUUAAAUUCGACCCAUGGUGUUGAUAAAGUCCACCAGAAUGUGGUUCCAUUUUGGUGAAUACUUGGUGAGAUGCAUACCUGGAUGCCUAAAGCUUCAUUUGGCUCAGACCGUAUGAAGGAGGAUUGGAUCAAUUUCGUGGAAAAUUAGCGAUCUUUUCCGCCUCUCUCGCUUAGAUGAUGCAUAUUACUGAGAUGUUUUUUAAGAAGUGAAAUGAAAUAUACAACAAAAGUAUACGCGUCAGUGAAACUCGUAACUGAUUGAAACAAUACCGAACUAAUUGUCAAGUGCAAGAGGGAUUCAACCGAAAAAAUUACAGAGAAUAUAGCAAUAAUUUUACAAUUUACAAUACGAUAAACAUCUCUCUCAUACUCCAGUAUUAAAGCUCAACAAACCUUACAGGAAACAGCAAAACCGUUUGUCCCUCUUGUGUUGUCUUGUCUCCAAGCGGUUGACUUGCGUCUCAUGCAGUCAAUUCACAUUUUCACCCAGACCAUAAUGCACGUUGUUUACACCCCAAAAUUUUGCAUAACUAUUGUCUUCGAUCUCGCUUGGGACGACUGUAAUUGUGAAUUUCAAAUGACGUCAUGGCGGCCAUAUUUGUGUCCCAAAACAAUAAAACGGCAGCCAUGUUUGUGUCCCAAACCAGUCCUGUGGGAAUUGAACUCUUUUCUUAUGUAAAUGCUUUCUUUUGUUCCAAUAAAUUUGCAUAGAUGCUGGCCACGUGAGUGAAAACAGAAUACCCAGGAGAAAGGAUGGUUAUGUAAAAUUUUGGGGGUUAAACAAAGUGCAUUAUGGGGCGUUUUCCAUUCAACCAAUUAACAUCCGGUUUGAAUUUUCGGCAACUUCCAGUAGCGAAUGGAACAACAUUAUCUAAAAUUUCCAAAAAAGAGGACAGCGCUGGCCAGGUUUACCCAAAUUUUCGGAAAUGUUUUCCUGAAGUUUUCUUUCCAUUCAACUUCUCUCCCGGAAUUUCAAGAAUUUUCCCUUGAAUGGUUCGCAUUUCGCAAAUUCAACAGUUUCUAAAACCUCGCGGGAAAAUUUCUGUUCCAUUUGGUGCUGUUUGCAAAUUUUCGAAAGUUUUGGUGGAAUGGAGAGCACCUGUACAGCCCCCAUGGUCUUGGUGAAUGACCAGAACCGGAAACACGUUGUCAGGUUCCGAAACUUCUCGAAGGUGUUUUGACAGUGACCGACCAGUUUCCGCUGAAAACAAACUUGGUUCCAGUCCUUGCAAUAAGAAGACGGCUCAAUGGCCAUUGCUUACUGGAGAUAACACAACGGUAGUAACCACAAUGUUUUAUUCACGUUAGGUGUCCUGGAGAUACGGCAACGAAUUAACAGGCACUUCAUCUUGGUCGUCAUGGACCUCAGUUUUAAAAAAAGAAUGAUGGACAUUGUUGCGAACCGUUUACCAUAGGGAGUUAGGAAGGAACCGUUUUGUUUUCUUCGUUUGUUGAGUUGAACUGCGAAAAUGUUUAGUUCUUGUUCCGUUUACUUCAUCCUUGUACAAAUUAUGAGAAAAUAGUUAAAAAUAAAUAAAAUUUUCAUCGUUGAUAUU